GGGGUGGGACUGGCCAGAGGGGCUGCGCGCCGGAGCGGGUGGUACAGCCUCGAGCACCAAGCAGCUUAGGCAGCAGGGACCGGGACCCUCCCCAAGCAAAGGUUUGCCCUGGGCCUGAAGCCAGAAAACCCCCACCCCAAGGAGCAGUAGUGUCUCCCAUUGAACAAGAGGGGACUCUGGAAGAAGCCAUCUCAACAGCUCCCUAGGAGCUUCUAGAAGAAAGGGCUCAAAGCAACUGCCUCACUGCCCUUCCAUCUUCUAAGAAGGAAGGAAGGAAGGAAGGAAGGUCGGUCCAAAGCCCCUUCCCACCAAGGAUGACACUAAACACCCAGCAAGAAGCAAAAACUCCCCUCCGCCGCAGAGCUAGCACUCCACUACCCCUGUCAUCGCGGAGCCACCAGCCUGGCCGCCUGUGCACAGCAUCCCCAACUCAAUCCCAGCAUCCCCCACUGGACCAAUCAGCCUCCCUCAACCCUCCUGCCCGGAAACCCUCACCUGCCCCAGAUAGCUGGUCCUCUGAAUCCAGCGACUCUGAAGGCUCCUGGGAGACCCUCUACCGAGUAGUGCUGCUUGGAGACCCUGGUGUAGGGAAGACCAGCCUGGCCAGCCUCUUUGCAGGGAAGCAAGAGCGGGACUUCCAUGAACAGCUGGGAGAUGUGUAUGAGAGGACCCUCACAGUGGACGGAGAGGACACCACACUGGUGGUCAUGGACACCUGGGAGGCCGAGAAACUGGACGAAAGCUGGAGCCGGGAGUCCUGCCUGCAAAUGGGCAGCGCCUAUGUCAUCGUGUACUCCAUCGCAGACCGCGGCAGCUUUGAGAGCGCCUCAGAGCUCCGCAUCCAGCUGCGGCGAGCACACCGGGCAGACCACGUGCCCAUCAUUCUCGUGGGCAACAAGGCAGACCUGGCCCGCUGCAGGGAAGUCUCCGUGGAAGAGGGCCGCGCCUGUGCUGUGGUGUUCGACUGCAAGUUCAUCGAGACGUCAGCAACCCUGCAGCACAACGUGGCCGAGCUCUUCGAGGGCGUGGUGCGCCAGCUACGCCUGCGUCGCCGGGAUAGCGCAGCCCAGGAGCCCUCAGCACCGCGACGGAGGCCCAGCUUCGGCCAGCGCGCUCGUCGCUUUUUGGCUCGCCUGACGGCCCGCAGCGCCCGCCGCCGAGCCCUCAAAGCCCGCUCCAAGUCCUGCCACAAUCUAGCUGUGCUCUGAAGCCACGCACCCUUCCGGAGGUGAUGGGACACUGGGAUGCAGUCCGAGCUUCCCCUGAGCUACUGAGGAGCAAGAGCGGCAUGGCCCGAAGUCCGCACCUCGGGCCUUACCUGCUGGCUCCCUUGAUGGCCAGAGCAUAGCCUAGAGCUAGAGUCUCAAGGAGCACUUGACAUGGGGAAGUGAUGGACAGACUAUGGGCCAAAGCCUCAAGACGGAUGCAAAAUAGGGUGUUUUUAACGUAAUGGGUUUCCUUUAUAAAAAAUCUCCCUUGUCUCUAGGUUCUCUGACCUAUGCUCAGAAACCCCUACAAUAAACCAGUCCAGAAAGCUGUCCUGUCUGAGUGCCCAGACUCCUCCUGGGCUCUCCAGACAUUUCUUCCUCCUGUCCUUCCAUCUACACUGCCUGUAGACUGGUUUAUCCUGCUGGCCUUGUGUCCAGGCCAACCAAUAAAAUCGCAGGCCAGUUGUGUGCUGAGGCCCUCUCUCAA